AGCGCGGCUCAUCGUCGAGACUCCCCCUCUGACUGCUGAGCCCCCAGACCACCGGAGGGAUCCGCGCGGUGCCGGGUGCAAGCGGGCACCCCCCCGGGCCCAGCAGCCAUGCCGUUCGGGCUGAAGCUCCGCCGGACCCGACGUUAUAACGUCUUAAGCAAGAACUGCUUUGUGACCCGCAUCCGCCUCCUGGACAACAAUGUGAUCGAGUGUACGUUGUCCGUGGAGAGCACAGGGCAGGAGUGUCUGGAGGCCGUGGCCCAGAGGCUGGAGCUGCGCGAGACACACUACUUUGGCCUCUGGUUCCUCAGCAAGAGCCAGCAAGCAAGAUGGGUGGAGCUGGAGAAACCCCUAAAGAAGCAACUGGACAAAUUUGCCAACGAGCCUUUGCUUUUCUUCGGCGUCAUGUUCUAUGUGCCAAAUGUGUCUCGACUUCAGCAAGAGGCCACGAGGUACCAGUAUUACCUGCAAGUAAAAAAAGAUGUGCUCGAUGGGAAGUUACGAUCUACCUUGGAUCAAGCAAUCCGGCUAGCUGGCUUAGCUGUGCAAGCUGAUUUUGGAGACUACAAUCAUUUUGCCUCUCAAGAUUUCCUAAGAGAAUAUGUGUUAUUUCCAAUGGACUUGGCCCUUGAGGAAGCUGUUCUAGAGGAACUGACGCAGAAAGUAGCCCUGGAACACAAGGCUCACAGUGGAGUCCUGGCAGCGGAAGCUGAACUUAUGUAUAUCAAUGAGGUGGAACGUUUGGAUGGAUUCGGACAGGAGAGUUUCCCUGUGAAGGACAAUCAUGGAAACAAUAUGCACCUUGGCAUUUUCUUCAUGGGAAUAUUUGUAAGGAACAGAAUUGGAAGGCAAGCUGUAAUAUACAGGUGGAAUGAUAUUGGGAAUAUAACACACAACAAGUCGGCCAUCCUAGUAGAGCUGAUCAACAAGGAAGAGACAGCCCUCUUCCAUACAGAUGAUAUUGAAAAUGCCAAAUAUAUUUCUCGGUUGUUUGCAACAAGACACAAGUUUUACAAGCAGAACAAAAUCUGCACCGAACAGUCAAGUUCUCCUCCCCCAAUCAGACGUCGACCUACGUGGAGUCGGUCAUCCUUGCCCCGGCAGCAGCCAUAUAUAAUGCCUCCUAUGCAUGUCCAGUGUGGAGAACACUACUCAGAAACUCACACCUCACAAGACAGCAUUUUCCACGGGAAUGAGGAAGCAUUUUACGGCCGGUCUCAGACCAGCCUGGAUAGGUGUGCGAUGGACUUGAAUUACUUAAAUGGGACUGUGACCAACGGUAGUGUCUGCAGCGCCCACAGCAUGAACUCUCUCAACUGCUCCCAGAAUUUCAUUCAGGCUUCCCCGGUGUCCUCCAACCUCAGCAUCCCGGGGAGUGACAUCAUGAGAGCUGACUACAUCCCCAGCCAUCGACACAGCGCAAUCAUCGUCCCAUCCUACCGGCCCACACCGGAUUAUGAAACGGUCAUGAGGCAGAUGAAGAGGGGCGUGAUGCCCACGGAGAGCCAGAGUCAGUCUUUGAGGAACCUCAACAUCGGGAACACGCAUGCCUACAAGCAACCAGAAGAUUUAGUGUACAGCCAACCGGAAAUGCGGGAGAGGCACCCCUACGUGGUUCCUUACGGACUGCAGAUCGGGUAUAACAAGCCCGUAGCUCCCUGUGACCCACCGACCCCAAACCACACUGUGCAGAACAAGACGGCGUCCAGCGCCAUAUCCCACACGGUGAGCACCCCAGAGCUGGCCAACAUGCAGCUGCAGAAUCACCAAGGCUACAGCACAGCCCACAUGCUCAAGAACUAUCUCUCCAGGCCGCCACCGCCCUACCCACGCCCGGCCACCAGCACGCCAGACCUGGCCAGCCACCGCCACAAGUACGUCAGCGGCAGCAGCCCCGACCUGGUCACCAGGAAGGUCCAGCUGUCGGUAAAGACUUUCCAAGAAGACAGCUCCCCUGUGGUUCACCAGUCUCUUCAGGAGGUCAGCGAGCCCUUAAUGGCGGCCAAACACCACACGGCUGCGAACAAGCACCAUAGCCUGGAAGUGAUCAGUAACAUGGUGCGCGGGAUAGAAGCCAUGGCCCUGAAGACUCUCAAUGCCCCCCUGCCCCGCCGCAAUACCCUGCGCGAGCAGCCGCAGCAGGAGGCGGAAGGCAUGCAGAUGGGCCGGGACAUCCAACAACAGCUCCCGACCUACCACCACAAGAAGACCUUCUCGGAUGCCACAAUGCUGAUCCAUAGCAGUGAGAGCGAGGAGGAAGAAGAGGUGCCAGGAUCUGUGCCCCAGAUACCAGCCCUCCAUGAGAGCCUGGAAUACAGCGCCCAGUUACAAGCUGCCUUGGCCCGGAUUCCCAAAAGGCCUCCUCCGGAGUAUCCUGGGCCAAGGAAGAGCGUUAGCAAUGGGGCGCUCAGGCAGGACCAAGUCUGCAUUUCCAUGGCCGUCGCGAGGGCCAGGGCCAUGAGGCCAGGGCCCACCAAGGCCGUCAGCAUGGCCCGUACAGAUCAGCUGGCAGUGAAUGGCUCUUCUCUAGGGCCAUCCAUCUCAGAGCCUGAUCUUACGAGUGUGAAGGAGAGGGUCAAGAAAGAACCUGCGAAGGAGAGGCCGGUGUCAGAGAUGUUUUCCUUAGAAGACAGCAUUAUUGAAAGAGAAAUGAUGAUUAGAAAUCUAGAGAAGCAGAAGAUGGCAGGGCUGGAAGGCCAGAAGAGGCCACUGAUGCUGGCAGCUUUGAACGGCCUCUCAGUGGCCCGGAUCUCAGGGCCCGAAAUUAGCCACGUUGAUGAUGUGACCCACAUACCCAUGGACGAGAGGUUUAAGUCCUUAAAGAAGAAGCUGGAAGAGGGCAUGGUGUUCACCGAAUAUGAGCAGAUUCCAAAGAAGAAGCCAGACGGUGUCUUCACCACUGCAGCUCUCCCUGAGAAUACGGAGCGCAGUCGAAUCCGGGAAGUGGUCCCCUAUGAGGAGAACCGGGUGGAACUGGUCCCAACCAAAGAAAAUAACACCGGCUACAUCAAUGCCUCCCACAUAAAGGUGGCUGUUGGUGGGGAAGAAUGGCAUUACAUAGCCACCCAAGGGCCGCUGCCUCACACAUGCCAUGAUUUCUGGCAAAUGGUGUGGGAACAGGGAGUGAACUUGAUUGCUAUGGUCACAGCUGAGGAGGAGGGAGGAAGGACUAAGAGCCAUCGAUACUGGCCCAAACUGGGCUCCAAGCACAGCUCAGCCACCUACGGGAAGUUCAAGGUGACCACAAAGUUCCGCACUGAUUCUGGUUGCUAUGCUACCACAGGUCUGAAGGUCAAGCAUCUUUUGUCUGGUCAAGAGAGGACAGUGUGGCACUUGCAAUAUACUGAUUGGCCAGACCACGGUUGUCCAGAAGAGGUCCAAGGCUUUCUGUCCUAUUUGGAGGAGAUACAGUCAGUGCGUCGCCAUACCAACAGCAUGUUGGACAGCACGAAGAAUCGCAACCCACCGAUUGUCGUCCAUUGCAGCGCAGGGGUAGGGAGGACGGGGGUUGUCAUCCUCACGGAGCUGAUGAUUUGCUGCUUGGAGCACAAUGAAAUGGUUGAUGUUCCUGUCAUGCUGAACCACCUGCGAGAGCAGAGAAUGUUUAUGAUCCAGACCAUUGCUCAGUACAAAUUCGUCUAUCAGGUUCUCAUCCAGUUCCUUCAAAACUCAAGACUCAUUUAGCCCCCCUCACCGAACCUGUCCAGUACUCCCGGAGGAUGGAUCUCAUGGAACCUCGUGGAUGUUCCCUCCCCUUCCUGUUUCACUCUCCUGUGCCUGGACAACACCUUGUCUCCCAGCAAGCUGCCGGUGACUAGAUGGGGUCCCAGGUUCUUCCUGAAAUAAGGCUCCAGCUCUCUUGCUCAAGAGCUCCGUAGAUUAUUUUAUAUGAGAUAAUUUAUUUUUUGUUGGAAUAACUUGUGAAUUUUGGUUAUGAUAGUGAAUUUUGGUUAUGAUAUCUGAGAUGACUUUUUUUUAAAGAAAAAAAAUUGAACCACAUUUCGACGGAUCUGCAUUGUAACGUGUCCACUAAGAUCAGCAUGCUUGAGGGGUGUUGGGUAGCUUUUGAGACUAAGGCUUAUAGAACAAAUACAUCUAGUGGUUUACAGUUUGAGACCAGAUUAAUAGUUCUAGAUUAAAUUCUCAUCUUUUUGCAGGUUGACCAUCCCGGGUCUAUUUUGAAACGCUCCCUGACUCUAAGCAGGCCUUUCCCCUUUGUCCUGCUCUCACCUUAGGCUGCCAUUAGUCCCCCGAGCAGCUCUUUCCAGAGUUACCUGCCCUGGCCAGUCUUUCCUAAUUGCCUGGUAGUGAGCAGUUUCCUCCUGCAGGACCUGGUCAGAGUCAUCUCACUGAUUUUUGCAUCUGUUAGUUUUUAAUGUCGUUAUCAUUGCUUCCCUCCAUUAUGCGUCUACUUGAGUGUGGAUGGUAAUAAGAAAUCAUUUAAGACAUUCGGGUUCAACUCUAAAAACGAUCAGAAAAAUAGGCUAAUGUGAGGCAGGAGGGAUCUGAGCUUUCGCUGUCACUGAAGGAAAGCUCUUCUUUGAGCCCAUUUCGUUGCUGCCCACAAAUAUCACCUCCUUUCCCUCCUCCAUUUUCUCUUGUUUUCAAGCUUGGAUUGGAAAUGAGGGAGUCAGAGUAAAUCUCUUUAGAGUCCAAGCAUUAUUGUCUUUCAGGCUGGACUGGCAUGCCUUUUAACGCUCCUCCUAGCUACCAACAGUCCAUGGAUUUGGACUUUGUUUUCCUCCCAGGGCCCCGUCUCUGGAAGUCACCUCCUCUCCCUGGUUUGUUUGAUGAGCCCAAGCCUGUUGGCCUUGAAGGCAUCACGCCAAGCCCAUCUGUUCAACCGGGCUCGUGCCUGAUUGAUAUGAGGGAAUUGACUGAGGGGGAGCUCUUGACAUUUUUCCUUAUUUAAAUGUGGUGUUCAGGCUGGACAGAUGCCCGGAAGGCUAGGCGGAGGGUCUAUUCAGUUGCUCUGACCCUCUAUCAGUAAGGGAUGAGAAGCCCCCCACAAAGGAAACAGUUGGGAAAUCUGAUUUACAGGGGCACUCUGGCACCCACGUUUCUGGAGUUUUGGCAAGGGGAAGCGAGAAAGCCUGGUCACAGUGACAAUCAAUCAUCUCCAGCUUUGAGGAUCAUGAGGCAUUGCUACUCCUUAUCCCAAAACCCACACAGCCCAGCAACCUCUCCUACAGAGCACUGAGUUCUAACCAAGAAACACAUUCUCCAACCAAAGGUCCUCCUGGCCUUGGUGCCUUACUAAGCCUCUUUUGAGCCUGUGCGUACUCUUUUGCCACAGUCCAGUUUGCCAUCUUUGUGGCUAUUUUUUCUUAGUCACAGAAUUCUAGAACAGGAAGGAACCUCAUCAGGUCUAGGGCAGCUCUCUGUCUCCAUGCUGGGGAAUUCUAAACCACCUAGAGCAGCUGGUUGAAUCUUCUUAAAGCUCUCCAAGGAAGGAGAUGCCACAACUCCCUUCUCUGUGUUUUGCCCCCUUGCUCUUUUUACACUUCAAAAAGCUUUGCCUCUUUCAGAAUGAGCCUUCCUGAUGCUAGGUUUUCUCUCCCCAAUCCUUCCCUGAUAGUUACUCUAGUACAUCCCACACCCUCGGCUUGAAGAUACAAAGGAAGAGGGGAAAGAGCACCAACUUUGAGAGGUAUCUCAUAUUGGUGAAACCUUGAUGGAACAAGGUCAUAGAAAAUUCAGCAAAGUGCUUGUUGCAGCAUGGGUUGUAUCUCAGUACAGUACUGAAGGUAAUGCAGUAAGCAACAUACUGGCUACAGCCUGGAGAUUGUGAAGUUUAGUCCAUCUUGUGCCUCUGUUUUUAUUUUAUUUCGGGGGGGUUCACUCCUCCCCACUCACAUUAAUAUCCUCCUCCUUGUGGACCAGCUGGAACGGCACCUCUGCUCUCCAGGAGCAGGGAAAGCCACUUAGAGCAUGGCCAGCAGGGAAGAGGAAAUGGCUUUCUGGCAGCCGUGGCUUAGGAAAACUGCCCGAGAAAAGGUCGUUGGGAGGGAUACCUGCACGAGCUUUCCCUCACUCUUCCUAAUGAAGUCAUAAUGAAAAGUUAUCAUAACCAUGCAUUAUUAAUUUGAUACUGCCUCACAUACUGCUACAGUCACUUUAACCACAGUGCCCUUUACAAUGCCAGUCUUCUUGCUUCUUGGACCCCUGGGUCCCUAGAGGGAACCAGACUUUCAGGAGGAGAGAAUGUGAAUGACACUGCCCAAAGCACUUAUCUUGGUCCUGGAAACCUCAGAACCAAGGCUCAUCCAUCCUUACCUGUGGACAAUUUCAACCAUCCACCAAUCCAUCAUCAUUAUAAUGAGGUUCGUGUUGACGGCCUUAUUUCCUACUCAAUAUUAUUCUUGUAUUCCUUAUGAAUGAUGGUAAAGUAUUAGGCUGGGGUAACUACUGCACAACAGAAUCCUCAGUCCUAGGAGCCAGAAGUACUCUCACAUCAUUUUUCAAGGGCUGGAGAGAAGCCAGAGAGGGUAUUUGCUUUCUCAUUGUAGAGGGGUGAGAGGUAUUGGAGGACAGUAGGAUUUGAGAGGUUGGAGAGAUGAGGGUCUUAGGGAGCUUUUUAAAUUGCCUUGGAUGAAAGUUUUGUCCAAUAUUCAUGAAAUUCAUCAAACAGAAAAAAGAAAUUAAUUUCUAGCUUCCUGGGCUGAUUUUACAUUGAACACUAAAAGGAAAAUUACUUGUCAUAAUGGUUCUGAAUUGUUUAUCUUUUGUUUUUGUCCUUGAGAAACUGUUGGUUCUUUAGCACAUUUUGCUUUUUCUUUUCAUAUCUUAGCUCCUGCCAACAUAUCUCUUUGUUGAAUUAGCGGCAACUAUUUAAAGUCUUUUCAGUGACAUCUGCAUGAUAAUUACCCAGAGAGACUUUCUAGCUGGGAAACAGGCCAAGGAAUAAACCUUGAAGCAAAGUGUAUUAAAUUAGUUAUCUAGUUAGAGAUUUUGGAAUAAUUUCCUAAUGAUGUAUCAAGUUUGAACCCAGAGCUGUCAAAUCCCAUUGCUGCACUUUGGAUUUGAAAGAGAGAAAAUUAAAUGAAAAAUAAGCUGGGCCUAGGCCUCUCGCUCGAGAGUUCUGGUUGAAAUGUUUAUUUCUUCAGUCAUCCCAAGCACAGCCCCCGCUAUUCAGGCAGCUAAGUGAUGGAACAUAAUAGCAGUAUUCAAGGGGGGGAAAUUAAACACCAGCUUUAGAAAGAUCCAUUCAGGGAAGAGGUUUACCCUCCUCUUAGUGGAAAGGAAAUGAUGGUUAUAAAAUACUCCCAAUAAAUUCUCUUUAGAACCAAGCUCUGGGAGAAGCCAAAUGCAGGGUGAAAUGUGUCCCCAGAAUUAUCCAAUUUUUUUUUUUUUUAAUGGGACUGGAGCUAAUGCUUUUUCCCUUCAGUCCACACUUCUCGUUUUUAGCCUCUUUUUAAAUGAGAUUUUGGUUUGCAUCCUCUCUUCCAAAGGCAUGUCGAGAGCUACUAAAACCAGGAGUAAGUUCACUUCUUCCUCUAACCACCACCCUGGGUUUCCGAAGUCAGAUUAAUCAGAAAACCUACCUAUAGCUCAUCUUCUACACCCAGCGAGGGGGCCUCUAGAACCCAACUCUAGUAGAAAGAGAAUACUGACCAUGGAAACUUUCAACUUAAAAUCUUGUUCGUACUCUGAAGUUGCGGACUGCCUUGAAUAUCCUAUGGGAAGAGCAGAGAGCCUGUUUCCAGGUGAGGCUAUUGCCACGACAUGGACAGUGGCUGUCAGUUUUGAAUCCCAAUUUCUAAUCCUUUGGACCAUCAGUUAGGUCUGUGAGUUGGAAAAAGAAAAUUGUUUGAAACUCCUUAACAGCUGACUGGGAGAGAGAAAACAAUAACUGAACUGGAAACAGCUAGCUUAACCAGCCCAAAUGAUCACUCCAGUUCUUUCAGCUAGUUUGUAAAUUAAUAAUGCCACCUACUAUUGACAAAUGCUUCUUCUACCCAAUGCUCUUGACAGGAAGGAGUGAGACGAUGUUAUUCCCAUGGUGGAAGAUGGAAUUCAGAGGUUAUCGAGAAGAAUUCCUUUGGAGUCUAGCAGUCAUGGGUUAGAUCCAUGUUGUAGUCUGGGGAAGUGCUUAAUUGUGAGCCCCAGUUGCUAGCAUUUUGGGUAGAUUAUUGGACUUCUUUGGAUCCUUUAGAGAGAGAGAGGCAGGGAUAGUUUGUAUUCAUCAGACAAGUUGAAAUUAAGAUCUUUCUUUUAUUUGGCAGUGAUCAGGACUGGCUAUGAAUGUUAAAAUUGAAUUUAUUGAGCUCCUUUCGGUGUAACCAUCAAUUGAAUAUAUUAGCCGUUUUAUGCAAAUCAAUCACAGUGGUAUUUACUGAGGGUGUACUGUGUACAACACAUUGUAUCAAGAGCUUGGGAGAGUACAGUUCAGCAAAGUUAGUAGACACAUUCCCUGCUCACAAUGAGUUUACUGUCUACAAACGAAAAAGAGGAGCCGAAAGUUAAGCAGAGCAAGUUUAUUGACUCUCCCAGUAAUAAGUAUCAAGGGAAGAGGAGCAGAUACACAUAUCAGCAAACAGAAAAGAAGCAGAAGUAUCUUCAUUUGGAGACUUUUUUUAAUGUCAGGUACAAUUGUGUAUUGGAAGAACAGAGUAUCUGAAAAUGACUGGCUUUUUCCAACCUAUAUGCCUAGUUCAGUAAAGAGCACACUGGUUCCCUGAACUUCACCAACGGCUCACCUAGUUGGGUUUUCGCAGUAGUGCAUUGAAAACUUUCUUGACCCCCCACUACUUAACUUUUAUCCCAGCGUCUCUCUCUUCUCAUCUGUAUGUCCACUCAGUUGUAUACAAGUGAAGAUGUUUGGAGGAUUGGCAGUCCUUAAAUCAAACCAAGUUGUUUUCCUUGUAUUCUCCCUGACACCUGCUUUUGAACCCCACAGAGCGCUAUCUGUGGGGAGCUGAGGGAAUUUCCACUCAGUGCUUAUCUUGGCUAGUCCCUCCUGCUUCCCUUUCAGGGUUUCCGCUGGCAGCCACUUCCAAAAUACAACCAACACCUCCGGUCUGAUUUUUCUUUGUCAAAGCUUUCUGUCGACUCUGGGGCUUUUCAGAUAUCCUCAGAAAUCCAUUCUGGUGGAAUAGGAGCAGUCUGAAAAAAGGAUACUUUGCUUUUUGAUCCAGUUCUGAGGUGAAGCCUCGGGAAAGAGUGUGUGACUACUGGCAUUCUCUUGGGGAAGGUAUAAUUUGAGAUGCAAGUUGGGCCAAUACUAUAUAUUUCUAAUGGAACAGGUCAGAAUUCUACUCUCAUCAACACUAAAGUCUGGAAAGGCUGAAUCAGCUGUUACUGGGCUAUUUCUUCCAAAUGUGAUCCCCACCCACAUUUUGUAAUGAACCUAAAGGGAAUGAUUGGCUUAGCGUUAAUCACUCAAUCAAUCAUAUUUGAGUGCUUACUCUGUGCAGAGCACUAUACUAAGCACUUGGGAGAGUAUAUCGUAACAAAGUUGGUGGAUAAAUUCCUUGACCAAAAUGAGCUUACAGUCCAGAGUUGACGGGGUCCUUCUUUAUUACAACUAAUGUUGGUCCAAAUAAUCAAUCAAUGGUAUUUGAGUGCUUACCAUAUGCAAAACAUCGUAUUAAGUGCUACUGUUACCUUUUGUGAGGAAGCAAUAUAAACUUCUGAGGACCUGUUUCACUUUUAGCUUAUUUGAAUUGCUUAUCAGAAUGUAAGCUGUUUUGAUCGGGGCUUAUCUUUCCAUGGCUUUGCAGAGGAAAAGGAUUAAUACUUUUUUGGGGGGUGGGGAGGUGGCAAGGGAGAACUGGAUGGAGCCUAAAGGGAAUGUGCCUGCAUAUGUUUAGCAAAAUGGGGGUAAAUGGAGAAAGAUGCAUCUAUUGGGAUUCUUCUGAAACAGGGUUUUCAUUAUGGACAAGUCUCAAUAUAGAAGCUAUAUACAAAUACCAUCUAAGAGAGCCAACAAAGCUGGCAAUAAGAGUUCUUGACCAGAAACAAACAUGGCAUGUGUUAAGGGGGGAGCAGGAGAACCUCCACCAGCGUGAUCCAAGGAAUUUCUCUUGAAUAGAGAUUUUGAUGCAUUAAGAAAUCACAAGGUUAAACCCAUCAUUAUGGCAUUCUGGACUCCAGGUCCCCGACCUGUUAUUCUCUAAGUAGACUGAGAUUCAGACUCAACAGCCUUAGCAAACAAUUGCACCUAUCAGUCACAAAUCUCGCUCUAAUAAGAAACUGAAAGUGACAGGUGAGAAAAUCCCCACUGAGUUAUUUUUAAUAUGCAAGAUAAACAGCUUCAGGGAGGCCCUCCAUUAUACCAGCCCUGCCUUUUUGGGUCUACUUCUGCUUAGUGGAUUGCUGGGGAGAUAUGUGACUAAGGCUAUUCCCUUCAGUAGCAGACAUUGAGGCUGGAGUCUUUGUGUUCUUAAAGGUUUGGUGCUGCUGUUUUUCAGUAAACCAUUUAGAAGUAUUCAGAUUUUUGACUUCCACAUAACAUGUGGGCAUUUUCCCCACUUGAUUUUACUAGGAAACAGAAUUUAUCUUAGAACCUCAGUCUCCAGCUUAGUCUUUAAGCCUGUCUCCUCUAUUCCUUUGUUGGAGGACAUUCCUGCAGGGAAAAGCACUCUGAGGCUUCAGAGAUUUCCCCAAACCACCAUUACCUCAGCCCAUAGGUGGAUGAGCAGCUCAGCCAUCUUGCAGUUCCAGUGGACCCUCCCCCCUUUCAUUAGCACCUCAUUAGGGUGGCUGUGGGCAGGGAGAAGUGAUGAAUCUCAGGCUCCUUACCAGCAGCUAGAGUAGAGUGAGGAGGAGGAGGAGAAAGUUGAAACCCUAGGCUACAAUGAGAGAAUGAGUACUUUUAAAGUUUUUAGGCUCCCACGCCAUCAAGUCAAAAGUUGGCAACAGGAAUGGCAUCGGGGGGUUGAACUGUUUUGAAUUUACCAAUAAUUUCUUAGGCCAACAGGUGGUAAUGCAGUGUGCUGAUUUCCAAGGGUCUUUACCCUUUCCAGCAUCUGCCCAAUGGGCACUGCUGCCAGCCUGACCUGGGUGUGCCAGACCCCAUCAGCAGGCCUUUUUGACUUCAGUUACACCCACCCAGAAAUGAGAGGCAUAAAGUGAGCUUAUUCAUUCUCCACCUAAACAAUGCAAUUCUUUGCUGUGGUUUUGCUUGCUCUCUUACUGCUCCCUAGAGUCUUAAAAGCCUAAUAACCCAAGCCUUUAUAUGGUGGAGGCUGCUAAUUCCCUCUGGAAAAACAUUUGUCUUUCCUCAGGAGUGGAUACCUACAAAGGAAAAAACAAGUUUACACAUGCAGAUGACUAUAUUAACUAUAUGUAACCUGCGUUACAUGAAAUAACAUGUUAAGUUAGUUUUAUAUCACUGGAUUUCACUGUUCUGUUUUACUUCAGUGUUUUGAUGCUUACAUUUGUAUGUGUUAUAUAAAAAUUGUAAAUGACAGCAUAUUUCAAGUAAGUGUUGACAUAACAGUUUUCCAUUCUUUCACUCUGUUUUUCAUAAACAAUUAAAAAGUUAAGGUCCAUGACUUUUCUUAAUUCAGUAUGGACAUCCUAUCCAUUUUAUACUAUUGAAAAGCUUUUUUAAACUAUGCAUGCUAUUUUAUAUUCUAAUGUAUAUCAUUCAUAUCAGUCAAUAAGCUUAUGCUUGCCAGUUUUAUUCGGUGUAUAAAACUGACUACUUUCGACAGUAUUUUUUGCACUGUUUCUUUUCCUCCUGGUUUUAUAAAUUCUAUUCAACAUCAGUUGACUGGGGUGAUAGGUUGUGUCUCUGCCUUGUAAAUAGUUUCAUAUCUGCUUUUUCAAAUGUGAGAAUGACUUUAUACUGUAGCUUUUUUGUAAAAGAUGUCUAUCCUUCAUAUUCUUACAUGCAAUAAACUGUUUUUCAAAGAA